CAACGUUGCAAAUCUUAACAACCCGUCUUCGAACCGAACCGGACAGACUUUGAACCCACGUUAUCUAUUUCUUUUGCCGGCAGUCUGUUCGCUAUAUAUUGCAGUCGGGAGUAGUCGAAGUAAAUUAGUGAGUGCGAAGCUUUUCAUAUUAAAUUCGUCUCGGUAGUGAACAAAAUGGGUUUGGAGGACUUAUUGGGAAAAAAAUACAAGCUCGCUAGCAGCGAGAAGUUCGACGAGUACAUGAAGGCUUUAGGCGUAGGUCUAGUUACCAGGAAAGUGGGCGGGGCCGUUUCUCCGGUGGUGGAACUGAAUAAGCAGGGUGAUGAAUACGUCCUAACCUCCAAUUCGACGUUCAAAAACGUGGUGACUAAAUUCAAACCGGGUGUAGAAUUCGACCAGGAGACGCCAGACGGUCGCAAGGUGAAAGCGACCAUCACCGUCGACGGUAACAAGCUCGUCGAGGUGCAGAAAGGCGCUGACGGCAAGGAAACUACCAUCGAGCGCACGUUUACCGACGACGAAAUCAAAAUGGUUUUGUCAGUCGACGACAUCACUUCGACCAGGAUAUACAAGCCCUUGGCUUGAUUUUGCGGAACAGCGAAAACGGUACUGAUUUUUUAUUGUUCGUUUAGUCAGAACAUGCUUUUUUUGUAUUAGAUUUUUCUCUACCUAAUAAUGUCAUUAUUUAGGUAUUUGUCGUCGUUAAAUUUCUGGAUAUUCAGAGGAAGGAAAAUUAUCGGAAAAUAAAUUCGCAACCAGUAAUAUAAAA